AUCAUACCUGAGGUAAGUUAGGGAUAACAUUAAAAUAAAUGAUGCAUUUUUUUAAAAUGAAUGUUUCAGAUGUUUCAAACCUUUCCCUGUAACUGAGUUACAAAGUGAGAAAACAUGAACUGUGGCUGAACUACCAGGUCUGGAUGUGGCGUUCAGAGACGUAAACGUCACGAAUCCGUGCUGACAACACAGGAAUAAGUGAAGUUUCAUUUGUACAGCCAACAUGACCGAGGCAGAUUUUUUUUAUAUCUCUAAAAUAAACUGUGACAACUUCCACAAAUGCUGCUGAUCUGUAGAUUAUUACAUAGCCUGCAAUAUUCCCUAAAGCUACCAAAUCUGAAACUCAUUGAUGUUUUCAUUGUAUUUUAUGCAUUAUCUAAAGUGUGUGUGUUUUAUAUAAUAUUUAGCAAUUUCCAUGAAAAAAUAAACAGAACAUAAGCUACAAUAGUAACGGAAAAAAUGAAAAUAUAGAAGAAUGAUCCAAAGGAGCACAUCAUGUGUCUGACAUGGUGUGUUUGGUGAUGGCUCCUGAUAAAAUAGAUGGGUGAAUUCUUAAGUUUGAGAUUAUUGUUUUAGACUCACACAAAGUUUACUUGAUAUAUGGUGAGUGCAAAAGAAAUUAUAGCUGCAAUAUAAAAUAAACGCUUUUUGAGGCAAAUAAAUCAAUAAAUAAAUCCUUUACUGGCAGAGCAACUAAUCGGAUCUCCUUCCUACUUGUUGUAGGCAUUUCAGCAGAAAACAUGUUUAGUGAUGUUGGACAGUUCGUAAUAAUACUAAAUAAGUAUUUUUUACAAAGGGGUCCUGAACGCAUCAUCCUUCCAGUGGAAUCCACUCCGGGUCUUUAAUUGACCCGACGGGACUCCAUGUUGUUCCGUCAGCCUCGCAGCGAUCAAGUGUUGUGAGCGAAAACUCUCACGUUGCAACUCUGUCUGACAAGUAAAGUUGUCUGAGUGUGACUCUCUGAUAGAAGAUGGCAGACUACCGGGACGACACCGGAGCUCGAGCCCUGCUUGCAUUACAGUCGGCGCCGUGCAGCCCCGUGCGUGUUGCAGUGACCUCUCACGCCUAUCUUCAGCCCUCGCUGCCCUUCUUGGGUCCUCCGAGAAUGGAUGCUCGCGGAGAUGCCGGUGGCAUGUUUCCGGUGAGGCUCUCUUCUACUCCACCGCAGGCUUUGGCGAGGCUCGAGGGCCGAGACUUUGAGUUUGUUAUGCGCCAGAGGACGGUCACCGUAGGCCGGAACUCGUCCCAUGGCUCAGUGGACAUCAACAUGGGUCACUCGAGCUUCAUUUCAAGGCGACACCUGCAGAUCAUCUACGACGAAUCGAGCGGGUUCUCCUUGCGGUGCCUGGGCAAGAAUGGCGUGUUUGUUGAUGGGGUGUUCCAGCGGAGAGGGGCGCCGCCGCUGCCUCUGCCCAGAGAGUGUGUGUUCCGUUUUCCAAGCACUGUGAUCAAGAUCCAGUUUAUGUCCCUCCUGGAUGUUGAGGAGCAGCGAGAGAAGGAGCAGCCCUCUCCUCCCCCUCGCCCCCUUCUGCCUCACAUCUCCCCUCUCAAAAUCAGCAUUCCCACAGCGCAGCAACACGAGGAGCACAUCAGGGCGUUUGGCUCUCCGCUGCCCUCGCCCACGGGCACUAUCAGUGUUCCCAACUCCUGUCCGGCCAGUCCACGUGGAGCAGGAUCAUCAGGGUACCGCUAUGGCCGCAAUGUGACCUCUGACCUCCAGCUAGCGGCUGAAUUUGCAGCCAAGGCCGUUUCCGAGCAGAGGCGAAGUCUUGCAGAGCAGAGAGGUGGGGGGAGUGAGCCCCGUGUGGAGUCGGUGGGGGGAGACAGCCCGAAGGAUGAGUCCAAGCCUCCGUAUUCCUAUGCACAACUGAUCGUCCAGGCCAUCUCGUCAGCUCCAGACAAACAGCUGACACUCAGUGGCAUUUACGCCCACAUCACCAAACACUACCCCUACUAUCGCACUGCAGACAAGGGCUGGCAGAAUUCUAUCAGACACAAUCUGUCUCUGAACCGCUACUUCCUAAAAGUGGCCCGCUCUCAGGAUGAACCUGGAAAAGGAAGUUUCUGGCGCAUCGACUCUGCCUCUGAGAGCAAGCUGGUGGAGCAGGCCUUCAGGAAAAGACGGCAGAGAGGAGUGGCCUGCUUUAGGACACCGUUUGGACCUCUGUCUUCAAGGAGCGCUCCUGCAUCCCCGACCCAUCAGGGACUUCUGUCUCCACCGUCCAGCGGACUGCAGACUCCUGAAAGUCUGAGCAGAGAGGGCUCCCCCAUCCCUCAUGACCACCAUGAGCAGUUGGCUAGCAAACUGGCUUCUGUGCCGGAGUUUAGGUAUUCUCAGAGCGCCCCAGGCUCUCCGGUCAGUGCUCAGCCCGUCAUCAUGGCUGCCCCCCCUCAUCCAACAGUUCUGAACUCUGGACCGGGAAAAGCUCUAGCUUUAGUCCCAGGUGGGGGUGGCCAAAUUCAACCCAUCCAUGUUCUUCAAAACGCCCCACAGUCUUCUGUUACCAUGGUGCGGGUGGUGACCAGCACGCCCUCAUCUUCCAAUCCGCCAAACGGGUACAGCACUCCUACUGUGGGGGGGUCGGAGAGCAGCAGCGAUAUCAGAGAAGCCCAGCUGAACCGGGAGCUGGUGAUCCAGACUGUGGACAGCGCUGUGCAGGGUGGGGAGGGGCGUCACCUGACUCCAGGUUUACACCAACUUCCUGUACGCCCGAUUACCCAGAACGGCAAAUUUACCACUGCUGCGGUUUCCACAGCAACCAGCUUUGUUAAUGUGUCAGGUCUGAGUAGUCCUCUGCAGAUCUUGGCUGCACAGGCCUCCAGCUCCCCCCCAGUGCUAGUGAGCAGGCAGCCCAGUGCAGACUCCUCCCCCAGACCACCAGGUGAGCCCCAGGCCAAGAGGUCGCGGCUGGAGGACGAGGGUGGGACUGAAUCUGCUCAGCAUCAAGUCACCCCCUCCCAACAGCCUGUCAUCGUUACCAUGACGCCACAAAGCCACGAUCCCAGGCAAUAAAAGUUUAGGGCUUCUCACCAGGGGUCCCAAAGGCUUCAGUGCUCCAUCAUUUAUACAAAAAUUGAUGCGACUGUAAAACGACACCAGCUGUCUGUCAGGAAAUACAUCAUUAAAAUGUUUUGGUCACAACUAGAUUAAUUGUUCUAAUAUUUUACUUUUGAAAAGCAAGUAAAUCAGCUUCAGCCCAUUUUCCACCGACAUCUUUUCCUCAUCAUUGCAUUAAAUGCGUGACUUGCUGCGACUCAAACCAAUGACCUCACUGCUUUCUGAUAAUUGUCUGGUUUAAAGGAAAUGUGACUCAGGUCUGAGCUGAACCCGAGACACUAACAACCAGAUUGUAUUCCUGAUAUAAUGAAGAGACCGAAUAAAUCGUCUCAGAAAAGGUGGACGUUGCUAAGACCAGAAUGUAAGACGCCUCUUGCCUUUUCUGUAAAGCAAAACAUGAAAAAACAUUUUGUUUCUGAAGGAUGGAUCUUAGGAAAUCCAGGAAAAACAAAACAAACGGCUUUUAAAAUCACUUCAGCGCCUCAGAUUCAGGUUAAUCUGAACAAAAACAGCAACGCUGUGCAGAAAAAAGGUUAAAAGAGGGCAGCUACUUGGAGUUGACUGAAGUGGAGCUAACCUAAUGUAGACAAACUGAUUGUUUUUCUGUUUGGUUGUUUUAGUUGUGCUAGCAGGACAGCCGGUGUGUGUGGAUCUGUCUCGGCACACACGAGCAUUAUUGUAAUAAUCCUCAAAGCCUUAAAUAUUCUUGUUUAUGGAACUUUUUGAUGGCUUCAUAGUUUUAGAUUAACAUAGCGCUUUAACAGUACAAGACCAGCGACACUACAGCGGUGAGUUAUGCUGAGGGAGGGGCGGGACCAACUCACUACCACAAACGGCUUUCUAUCUGUACGGUACUUUACACAAACUACGCUCUUGGCUCUCCACGUUUGUACUUCCUCCUCAGUGACCUGUCUGACUUCGGAGUCUCCACCAAGGCAUGGAGCUGACGUGGCUUUGAUUAGAUCUCCUAUAGCACUUUCUCCCCGCUCCUGUCUCGUUCUGACUCUGCCUUUAGCAUUUCUGAACGUCUCGCAGGCUUCGGCCACAGGAUUUCACUCAUAGUUGCACAACAUUAGAACCAUGCAUAAUGAUUGUACGCUGCUCUAUCUGCUAAAUAACAAAAAGGUAUUUGUUUCUUAUUUUUGGAAAGAUUAAAAUAUUUUGCUAUGUGUAAAAAUGGCUGUCAUCAAUACAUAACAAUUAUGGAAAUAAAGAGGGGUAUAUGUAUUUUUAAUGUUUUUGUGAUUUAAAAUGUGUAGCACAAAUUAAAACAACUCAUUGACAUCA